AUGGAUUUCAACGCAUUUGCACGAGGAUUUGACCAGCCUAUGGGUCACGAUACCCAGGGUGAUAACGAGUUGCGACAAUGGAAGCCUAGCGUGAUCUCAUUCGGGGAUAGCUUCGUCAACGUGAAGUCCCGCCUAGUGCUAGAAUCACAGCAGCCCAGACUCGAGAUCUGCAUUGGCAAACGUGUCAACGGGCUUCUGAUCUUUACCGCGGAGGAUUGCGACUUCCACUUUGCCCGCGAAGGAAUUGAACUGGACGAUGCUGAAACAUUCCGUCAGUAUCGAGCUUCCUUGCCGCGAAUCUUCGCAGAUGGAAAACGAGUUUGGGAUACGGCAUACCUUGUCAAAGUCCACAUGCGCAGGCCGCCAGUCGUCAUCGGCUUCCCACCGGAGAAUGCUAGCCCUUCUACUCUUCAGGACUGGGAAAGGCUUCUUGGUGUCCAGGACAACUUGAUUCUCUGGGGUCAGUGGAGUGACCCAGCUUGGAGAUUCCUUUCCAAGGGGUGGAAGUUAAUGUCUGGGCUGGAGUAUUUGCUUCGCCUGCCAUUUGGCGACACCGAUCCCGUCACUCUCAACAGCCUUCUUCGUCGUCCGUAUGGAAGCAUUGAUCCCGCAACGCUCGCCCCCCCACAGGCUUUCUGGUUCUACCGGAAACAUCCGGCCAAUCAAGAGCCGCGAGUAGUGCCAAAGUGGCUUGAGGAUCCAAGCGGAGUCAAGCCUUCCAUCGUGUGGCAACUCCCUGGGCCCUACUUCCUCAACGACCACGAUCGGCAGAGCAGACUGGUUCAAGCCAGCUACGUUGAGAGGGCUUUUGCGCGUGAUUUGGUAACCAGUGUGUUCAACCUGAACACUCGACACCGCGCAAUCAUCACUACCAUAUCAGGCAACGGUAUGAGGCACCGCAUUCACGUCAAAUUGAAUUGCGAGGGCCGGCCUCCGACACUGACAGCAAUGGCAUCCGUCAGCUUUCUACUGCUAGACGAGAUAUCAGCAGCUGAGCCUGUUACCGAGGGUGAUUUCAAGGCCAAGGGAUACAAGGGCACAGUCGUCGAUGAUGAAACGUUAGGUGAUUUCAUCAUUGACUACUAUGGUCACCUCGACUGGACUGAUGAAAGUGAGCGAAAGAUUGUGAUGACCACGAAGCCAAAUACCCUUCCAAUCGAUCAACAAAUCGCGGCAUUGACUACGGCGGGUACCAAAACGCUCGUAUAUGGCGACAAGGGUGAAAACCAUGGACUGGGAUUCUCACUUAGUCGGACUAUCCUCGCACAUGGCACAGAGCUUAACUUUACCAGUCCUGACUACUUCAUUUUGUCCAUCGAGAUGCUCUCCUCCCUUCCCUCCCAAAUUGCCAAAGAGCGCCUCCAAUAUGUUCGGAACUUCUGCCACCUCGAUCCAACACAAGAAGAGGCAUUCACCAAGUCUACUACCGCCAUCACGGUCGGUGUAAGCCUUAUUCAUGGUCCCCCUGGAACAGGCAAGACGACCACAGCGGUAGCCAUAGUUCUUGCCAUGAUGGCGCUCCAGAUCAAGGUGUUACUCACUUCUGCCUCUAACAAAGGCGUUGACAACCUCACCCUGGCUCUGAUCCGGGCCCUUAACCGGGAUAGUCGCCUGAAAUCUUGGUGUGGACAGGUUGUUCGCUUUCGCACGCCAUCAUACCACAUGUCGGCGGUCCGAGCCGAGAGCCAGAAUCAACGGCCCACUCUACGGCGGCAGCCCAUCAUAAGUCAGUCGGAUCUCGAGAUGGAACCGAUCCAGAUGCACUCUCUGGUCUUUGACCAUAUCGCUGAGCAUCCGAAUGAUCCUGAGUGUGUUGAGCUUCGUGAACUGUGUGACCGAGACACCAGUGAUAACCACCCACUCAACCUCCAGGAUGUCAUCAAGCUGAAGAGCCUCUACGGCAAGAUUGUGUGUACGGUCCUGGCUAAAAGCAAGGUCGUAGCAACAACUCUGUCAAAUGCCUCGCAAGAAUGUUUGAAGUUUUCAGACUUCAAACCAUCUGUGAAUGUUUCUGACGAGGCCGGUCAGAGCAUGGAGGGAGAAAGUAUGAUUCCAAUGACAAUGGAAUCAAUGCGGGUCAUUGUGCUGAUCGGAGACCCCCGGCAGUUGCCUCCGACUGUUCUUUCAGACGGUGCAAAUGAGGGCUCCGAGUUCCUGAAGCGGUCCCUCCUGUCUCGUCUCAUGGAAGCGGGCUACCCCCAGGAGACGCUCGUGACCAACUACCGGAAUCAUCCGCAGAUCCUGGAGUUGUUCAACAAGGCAAUCUACAGUGGAAAGCUCGCUUCAGGCAGCAACGUCAACCACUUGGAUCGAGUGGGAAGGACAUGGGAUGCUUGGACCAGGCAUGCGAUGCCUACCGUCGCUCCUGGCAGCCGACGCUUGUUCCUAUCCGUGGACAGUGUCGCCUUCCGCCCGGCGAAUGAGACAUCGUGGUCGAACAUGGCGCAGGUACAAGCCGUGCAGACUCUGCUGGAAAAUCUGUACAAUUUCCAGUCCACCGAAGGCGAGCAAAUUGGCCCGUCCGAUGUCAUGAUCAUCAGCCCGUACACAGCCCAGCGGAACCUUGUAGCCGCCACUUUGGCGGAGACCGAGCGCGGCUGUUUAUAUCGCGAUAAUUUGACUGUCGACGCGGCGCAGGGCCAAGAGGCGCCCAUCGUGGUUGUCCUGCUGACGAAGCCUAGCGAAGUUGCUGAGGAGGUCCGCUUCAUUGCCGACCAGCAUAGACUCAAUGUCGCUUUGAGCCGGGCUCAGAAAGCUAUCGUCGUUGUAGGAAACGCGCGCCUCUGGCCUGAGAAUGUCAUUCAGAACAUUGAGAGAAGAUCGAAGCAUAACAAGUUCUUUGCCGGCACUCUCCGACUUCUAACAGCCAAGGGCAAUCGGCACAUUGUUCACUCUCAGCAACAAGCGGGCCCUGCAACUUCCAGCAAUGCCACCUCGAUUUCGAACAUGAUGGACGUUGAUAGUGUCUCUGGUUCUCUUGGCCAUGACCCUUCCAUUCGGACGUUUGCUCAGAGCGUGGUAUCGACUCCACUAAAUCCAUUCCCAGACUUGCAGUCGCGGGUUCAACUUCCUCCGCCAGCUGCUCGGUCCAGAUCCCGUUCCCCACCGACUCUUACUCAGCCACCAAUUCGUUCUAGAACUCCUCCUGCGACAGCAGCACACACAGAGUUGUAUCGAAACCCGGGUAGCAGAGUAGCACGACGGCAACUGUUAGCAGCCAGAAUGCGGCGUCAUCGGGCAGAGAUGGAGGCAGCAGAAAGCAGAGUAAUGGCGGCGGAAGCCAGAGCAGCGGUGGCCCGGGACGAGGAGGAAAUGAUCCGGUUGGAAUUUGAGGGUGAGGAAAUGGCUCGGCUGGAACUUGAGGACGAAGAGAUGAAGGACUGA